GGGACAUUAACGUGAACAUCGCCGCAAGAGGAUAUAGAAAAAAACCAAAAUCAUGUUGCUGCCAGGUGAUGGUUAAAGAGAGAUGAGAUUCCUUGUCUCCUUCUUCCUCUUAUAUAUUGAGCCUAAGAAGAUGGAAGGAACCACAAGUCCACAAGAAGUUUUGACAUUUCACAUUUGAUAUCCAUUUCUAGUUUUCCUUAUUCCCAAUUGGAAAGAGAAAUGGAUUCUUCUCCUUUGAGAUCAAAAUCCAACUACCACUUUCGUUCUAUCAGCUUGCCCUCUAGACUUCACCCACUCAUUCCUCAAAUCGAUGAGAAUUUGAAGCUUAACGGACUUCAAAAUAUGUUUGACCGUUUGGAUGAUUUGCUUCUAUUGCCACACACCCAACAAGCCUUCUCCCAACGACGACACAAGACAUGGGUCGAAGAGGUUUUGGAAAAGUAUCUCAGGCUCUUGGAUAUUUGUGCUGCUGCUAAAGAUGUGUCCACACAAACAAAGCAAGAUGUGCAAAGCCUUCUUUCCAUAUUGCGGAGAAGAAGGGAUACAAAUGACUUUGCAGCAUACUUGACUUCUAGAAAGAAGGCAAAGAAGGUGAUCCAAAAGUCUCUGAAGGAUUUGAAGAGUAUCAAAAGCAAGUCUGCUGUUAUAGCUUUCGACCAAAGCCAUGGAAUUUCGGAGAUUGUAAGCUUGUUAAAUGAGGUUGAAGCAGCCACGAUUGAGGUGUUUGAGUCUUUAUUGUCCUAUAUUGCGGGGACAAAGAUGGAAUCAAGGAUGAUUGGAUUUUCCUUGGUUUCCAAACUGAUGAAUCGUAAGAAAGUUGCAUCCCGAGAGGAAGAAACAAACACCAAGGCAUUUGAGAAAUUUGAUGCUUCAUUGCACUCACUCAACAGCCACAAGACAAGCGAGACUGAUGGUGUGCAAAAUCAGUUGGGAAAAUUGGAAUUGAGCAUUCAAGACAUGGAAGAAGGACUAGAAUGCUUGUUUAGGCGGUUAAUUAAAUCUAGAGUUUCCCUCCUCAACAUUCUCAUCCACUAGCCAAGAAAAUCUUGGAGCAGAAAUUUUGAUGUUCAUAUGUAGUAUUGUAAAUGAGACAGUACACCUGUGAUUUGUCCUAGCUGUUAGUGAAUAUACUUUGAGCAAAAUUAUUGCCUACAAAUAA